AUGGAGCAGUGGACGUGCAGCGGCUGCGGCAUCGAGCUGCAGUACGAAGAGCCCAAGCAGGUCGGGUACUUCCCCAAGCAGCUGCUGAGCAACGUGCACGACCUCAAGGAGCUCAAGCGCCUGCGCUGCGAGCGCUGCUUCCAGAUGACGCAGUACGGCAAGAUCUCGGAUACCAAGAUGCCGUACCAGGAGUACGAGAAACGCGUCAUGGAGCUGCGCAGCAAGGACAUGCUCAUGAUCCAGCUCGUGGACAUCCUCGACAUCUCCGGCAGUCUGCUGCCCAAGGCGCGCCACAUCUUCGGCAAGAAGCCGGUUAUGCUCGUGGUGAACAAAGGAGACCUGGUGCCCACCAAGUCGGGCAUUCGCAGGCUCAUGAGGAGGAUCAAGCAAGAGGCCAAGGAUGCGGGCAUUGACAACUUGAUCUCGAUCUACUUGAUUAGCGCCAUGAAGCGCAUUGGCAUGAAGGAGAUCGUGGAGGAUGUGGCCAAGUACCGCGAGGGUCGCGACAUUUGCGUCGUGGGCGCGGCCAACGUGGGCAAAUCGACGUUCCUCAACUCGUUCCUGUCGCACCUUGUGGACCGCAAGUGGCAGCACAACCACCGCAAGUACAUGAAGAUGGCCGAGGUGCCGUUGUCCGAGUUGGAGAACGACGAGACGGCCACGAUGCUCAACAUCGACGAUGAGUUGCUGGCCGAGGCGAAGGCAGAAAAGGAGAAGCAGACGGCAGUGGAGGGUGAGACGACGGUUGUGACUCCGCACGGAGAGCUGUACGUGGCUCCUGGCGAGGACCCGGAAAUGGUGGAAAUUAGCGCGGAGGAAGAGCGUGAAAUGACCACGUCGCCGCUGCCCGGCACCACUCUGGCCGUCCAGCAUCUGCCAGUCAUGGUGCGUAAUGAGGUGUUCAACAUCCUCGACACACCAGGCUUGAUCACAGACACGAAGCGCCAAAAGCUGGUUGAAGUGCUUGCACUCGACGGCGCCGCCAAGUUGAAGAAUGUGUUCCCGACCAAGCAGUUGCCGGUGACCACCUAUCGUGUCCGUCCGGGUCGCAGCUUGUUCCUUGGUGCGCUCGCGCGUUUCGACUAUGAGACUCUCGGAAACGACAACGACAAGAACAUGCUGCUACUGUCGUGGUAUGGCGUGCUGCCUGGACACCUCACGAACACUGAGCGCGCCGAGGACACAUUCGUGAAGCACGCCGGUGGCAUCCUCUCCCCGCCUCGCGGCCUUGAUGCGAUGAGCUUCACCGGACCGCUGACUCUCUCACAGAACGUGUACCUGAAGGACUACGUGCUCGACAGCGUGCUGACCAAGUCCAAGCACAAGAAGCCCAAGCGCACGACGGUCGUGGAGCUGGAGGUGCCAGGCUUCGGGUGGCUCUCCGUCACCGCCGUGGACCUCGACGGCACCGCAGCGUCACAAAAGACGCUGAACCAGGGCAAGAUCUCGGUCCACACUUGCCGCGGGCUCUCGGUCGUGCCGCGCUCGCCACUUUUCCCAUACGAGCUGUCCGACUCGAAGAGUACGACUUGGAAGCGCUAG